AUGUCAGAUGAUAACAAUUAUCGUUCAGCUGAUAAUGGAGAACGAAAUGAUUCAGAUGAUAUGCCGAGAAAUCAUGAAAAUACUACUUCCAGCAGUAGUAGUUCAGCAACAAGUGAUGGUGAUAAUCUUAAUUACAACAUUCUACGCCCUGAUGAUAUAAAUAUCAUUAUCAAAAAAUACAGUGAUAAUAAUUCAUCCAAUCGAAGUAAUAAUUAUUCACAAUUCAUUACGAAUACAAGAGUUGCAAAAUCUGGUGAUUCAAAUAAAGCUUUAAAAGAAACCGAAAAAAUAGCCAAUACUUACUCAUUAUUAAAGAGAUUGGAAGCACUAUCUUAUGCGACGGAAGAAAGUUCAGAAAAUAGUAAUAUUCUUCAUAGACAUCAGGAAAAUUUAAGAUACCAUCGUCCUACAACAAUAAGUUCACAAAAUAUGUUCAGGUUACGAGCUUUGAAAAAACGACUUGUUUCUUUAAAAAAACUUGUGAAACAGUAUAUGUCAGGUGGAAGACAAAAGCAUCUUGCAGAUUUCAAAACGCAUGAAAAUAUAGCAGAUUCGGAGGAUUUGAAAAGUUCAAAUCAUUCAGGAACUUCAUCAAAUUCAAAAAAUACAAUAGAUUCAGAGCAUUUUGAACAAAACUCAGAUAAUUCAUCAACUUCAGAAGAUUCAAUAAAUUCAGAAGAAUUCGGGAGUUCCGGAUGCUCAAGUAGCUUAGGGGAAGCGACAGAGCACUCGACUAGUUCGGAACAUUCAACUGAUUCCGAGCAUUCAUCAAAUCAAGAAGAUCCAUCGAGUUCACAACAUUCAACUAGUUCCGAACAUUCAACUAGUUCAGAACAUUCAACAGAUUCCGAGCAUUCAUCAGAUCAAGAAGAUACUUCGAGUACACAACAUUCGACUAGUUCGGAAUAUUCAACAGAUUCCGAGCAUUCAUCAAAUGAAGAACAUGCAUCGAGUACACAACAUUCGACUGGUUCGGAACAUUCAACAGAUUCCGAGCAUUCAUCAACUGAAGAACAUACAUCGAGUACACAGCAUUCGACUAGUUCGGAACAUUCAGCGGAUUCAUCAAGUUCAGAAUACUUAACAAGUUCGGAGCAAAUGCCAAAUCAAAGAAAUCCAACAGGUACUCAGCACUUGGCAAGUUCAGAACACUCAACAAAUUUAAAAUACUUGUCAAAUCCGGAAAGUACAAUGGAUCCGCAGCAUUUGCCAGAUCCGGGAAAUCCAGCGGAACCGCAGUAUUUAUCAAGUCCGGAAAAUCCAAUAGAUCCACAGCACUUAUCAAAUCUGGAAAAUCCAACAAAUCCAGAGCAUUCAGAACAUUUUACAAGUUCAGCAAAACCUGAAUUUCCAGCUCUGUCGCAAAGUUUUGAAACUUCAGAAAUUUUGCAAAAUUUAGAAAGUCGAAAUUUUUGGACACCUCUUGCUGUGGAGGAACUUUAUGGCGGAAAAUUAAAGAUUUUAAUUGGUUCUGAUGAUCCGAUGCUACCAUCUGAAGCAAAUAAUUCAAAGGAAGCUUCAGUGAAAACUUCAAAUGAUAGCAGUAGUAGCAGAGAAACAGAUGAUAUCAAUACUUUUUCGUCGUCUAAUGCUAGCGUAACCAAAGAAGAGCCAGAAAAUCCUCAAAGAUUAUUGAAUACCAUAGAUUCUGAAGCAUUAUCAAAUCCAGAAAAUAAGGAAUAUCCAACUGCAUUGAAAGAUUCGUUAAUUGUAAAUGACGAAUCAUAUGAAGAAUAUUUUGUGUGUGCACGAUAUUCUUCAAGUAGUUUGACAGAACGUGAACAAUCAUUAGAUGUGAAUAAUUUGUUAGAUGAAGUAGGACCGCAAAAUCAACCUGAUUUCCAAAAUUUAAAUGGUAAUUAA